AUGUUUCACUUUCAAAAUUGUUUCCGAAUUAGAUUCAUCCAAUUGUUUGAUUUGUCUCACAUGUCACAUCGUGCCCGACGUGCUUUUCUUAAGAAGUUAAAAAGAAAGCGUAAACGUCAAAAAUUAGCCAAGGAAAAUAUCGAGAGGGAGAUUGAAGAGCUAAGUCGGCUCCAACUUUCUCCAUCUUAUCAAGCACAACAGGCUAAGGAGUUGGAGUUAGCCGCACUUGAAGCCAAAGAACGUGAGCGUAAUGAGGAACUUUGGCAAGAACGUGAGAGGGAGGCACAACGUCAGUGGGAAGAAAAUAAUCGUCAAAAAAUCCUCUUAAAGCAACGCGAGGAGGAGGCUCAGCGUAAAAUUAAAGCAGAGUGGGAAAGCAAACAAAUGGAAUCCAAGAAAUUUAUUCCUGAGUCAAAAACACAGGAUGUUCAUGAACAGCAGUCUCCAGACCUUCCACCUUGGCAUCUUCCCCCACCACCCGUACCUAUCCCUACAGUAAUUGAGCAAGUGCCAUAUGGUCCCACUGUUUCUACAGUGAUGGAAAAAUGUAGUUUUUUCCGUAAAACAGGAGCAUGUCGAUAUGGUUUUCUUUGUUCUCGUCUUCAUCAAUAUCCAAGUCCAUAUGACGAUACUAUUGAAUCGUUCAAUAUUGCUGAUGAUCAAGAUGUUGGUGGCUUAGACGAACCAAUAGAUAAUUCUUGUUUAGUUUUACAAAUUCCUAAAAUGUUCACACACUAUCAUUUAGAUUUAACAAAACAUACCGGUUCAGAGGAUCAAGAUUCUGGUCUUGAAGUAGAUGAGAGUCAGUUACUCUCAGAUUAUCAUGAAUUCUACCAUGAUGUUCGUAUGGAAUUAGAAUCUAGAUGGGGCAAAAUUUCAGUGAUUCGAACAUGUCGCAAUUUAGCUGAUCAUCUUCGUGGUGCGGUUUAUGUUGAAUUCUCAAGGGGUCCAAGUGCAGCAUGGGAUGCUGCUGAAGCUUGCAAUGGUCGUUGGUUUGCUGGACGUCAACUAACGUGUACUGUGGUUAGAUUGGGCGGUGGUUGGAGAGAGGCUAUUUGUGGUCUUUAUCAUCGAGGUAAAUGUCCUAAAGGAGACCUUCAUUGUAAUUUUCUACAUGUAUUUCUUAACCCCGGAGAAACCAGUAAUGAUUUACAAAAAACUUUAUGGCGUCAUGUAGGUCGACUUAUUAGUCCGGUGGAUAAUAAUAGUCACAGUGAUCGUGGACGUUCUUCUACAGUAAAAUCACUUUCCAACGACUCUUCAUCUCUUACCCAUCGUCAUCACCACCAUCAUGAUCGACGUAAAACGCGAAGACAAUCCUCUAGCUCAAUCUCUUCACAUUCACGGUCCUCUUCUCCAAUAGGGCAUCAUCAUUCAUCUCGGUCUAAAAAUAAUUAUAAAAAUUGCCGUCUAUCUGAAUAUCACAGUCAUAGAAAAUCGAAAAGAAAUAAGCAUUAUAGUAGUGGUAGCAGGAGAUCUUCUUUGAGUCGUUCACCUUCAACAUCAUCAGUUCAUAAGAAGCACAAAAAACAUAUGAAAGAAAAAUCUCACAAGAGAAUGAAAAGAGUCAAGUAACAAUAAUAAACUAUCUGUUCCAUGUAUACUCAUCAACGGAACCAUCAUUUGUUCGCUUGUAUUUGUAUUUCUACAAAUCAGUAUUGGGCUUUCAUUGCCGAUAUGAUAACAUCUAGUAGUAAUAAUAGUAACAGUAGUAAAGUGACAAUAAGAAUCCUGUAUACUCUAUUUUGUUUAUAAUUAUCAGUUGCUUUUCUACUCAAUUUAAAUAUACUCUUAUUAUUAUUUUUAGUAUUAUUAUUAUUGUUAUUAUUAUUAUUCUCGUGCAUUUUCUUUGUAAAUAGUAUUUUCUACUGAAUUUAUAAAGUGUUUGUAUAUGCUGGUCAUAUUCCUGGUAUUAAUCCACACAUCAUGGUUAAUAAAUAUUUGAAAUUUCAAUAAAAACUCUAAAACAAUUGUUUAUUUUUAAUAUUUCAUUUAUUUCAGUCAUUUCCUUGUUUUGUUCAGUGCUCAAACUGUUUUGAUUCGACAUGUUUGUGAAUGUGUGUGUAUUGGUUAUAUUCUCCACUCAUCUAUGGUACCGCUAAAUCGUAUUUACAAAUCAUUCUAUUUAUUGCUUUCAUGAAGGAAUAUCAUUUAGACAUUGUGAACGUGUUCGAGAAAGACUUCGAUUUAUUUGUAUGUUGAGCAAAAAGUCAUCAUUUCUUUCUUAAUAAUCUGCAUAUUAUUUCUUUUAUUAUUCGGAAUGUAAUACUUUUGAGAUUGACAAUCGAAUUACUAUGAUAAAUUAUAAUAUGGACCGCCGUCUGUAGUUUUUCUUCCUUUAACCUUAAUGAUAAAUUCUAAGGGCACGUGCGGUAUCCGAAAUCUGAUACUGAUACACGGUAUGCUACGCACUAACCCCCCAACUGACUGCUUUGUUCAUUAGUGAAUGGGCAGGUACGAAUGUUAUUGUUGAUUAUGACAUGUUAAUUGCUUUUAUUAUCUCAAGUUGUUGAUUUAUCAGUUAAUGCAUCUACCCAUCGAUUUAUCCUUACCGCCUUUUCUAGAGCCAGAAGAACGAACUAGGCUGAUACGAAACUCUGCCCUGCUUCAAACUUGAUUUAAUUAUUUCUAUUAAAUGGAAUGAUAGAAGGUUAGAUCCUCACUCAUAACGAAUAACUGGACAACAGUAUGGAAUUUCGAAUUUUCAACUAAAUCAGUUGGUUCUGUCAUUUUUAUCAACCAUGUAGUGCCUAUACUUUCAGAAAUAUUGAAGCAUAGCUGUAUAAAACUUAGGCACGAACUGAUUUUCUUAAGCAGCUAUCUUCUCUCUGAUUCUGAUUUUAAGAUCAUAACUACGGUUAUUUCUGAUUACAUUUGAAGUGAUUUGGAUUAUCCUGUUGAUAUUUUGACUGACAUUUGACCAGUCUUAAUUGGCACAUGUGCAUUCUGUGCGAAUUUCCUCGAUAUAGCUAUACUGACACAAGUUAAUAUAGAGUAGAUGCAAUGUGACUAGGAAUAGG